AUGGUAACCUGGAAUGGGCUCAAGCGAAUGUUAGUGGAUAAUGGCAGCUCUGUUAACAUCAUGUUUAGGUCCAUCUUUAAUAAGAUAAUCCUGGACCACGAGCUGACACCCACCACCACUUCUCUAUAUGGAUUUACCGGAGAUAGUAUCACUUCGAAAGGUAAAAUAAUACUAGCGGUAGAGAUGGGAGAGUCCCCCCAGACCACAAUGAACUUCAUGGAAUUCCUUAUUGUUGACAGUCGGUCAGCUUACCAUGGAGUCUUGAGCAGACCAGCCCUGAAAGAGUUAGAAGUCGUUACCUCCAUCUACCACUUAUACAUGAAACUCCCAACUGAGAAUGGGGUGAUAAUAGUGAGAGGUGACCAAAGAGGAUCCAGAGAAUGCUACUUAAGCUCUAUCAGAAAGGUUGAACCCCGAGACGUACAUGCCAUCCUGACUAAUGUGGAUAUGGCAGACAUCCCAAGCAAGGCCCCUCCCGAACGAGAAGAUGUUGACAUGAUCGAUACACCUCCCGAGCAGGAAGAACUCUCCAUGAUCAAUGAGAUCGAUCCCCGUGUGAUUAAACAUGAACCCCAAAGACCUACCGUUGAGGAGCUCGAAAGCUUCCCAGUCGACUCUUCGGACCCCACGAAGGUGUUGAAAGUAGGCAGAGGCCUGUGCAACGACAUGAAAGAGAAAUUGAAAAACUUUCCAUACAAGAAUCUUGACGUCUUUGCUUAG